AUGGACUCGCCAGCUAUUUCCACCGAUGAUCAUCUCAAGUUCCAGGGUCUCGACGCCUCUGCUGGAGCACAGCUGAUGGAGGUGCUGGCCGCAGAGCUCGAGCAUCGCUUGCCGUUAGACUGGCCCAAUCAGCAUGGGACCGUGGCAGCGCUCGCGCAGCAGUUAGGCUCCCACAUUAUGGAGGCGAGGAAGGAAGAGAUUGGCAGGGUGCCGUCCAAAUCCAAGAAAGCAUCCCCGCCGCCCAAGGAGAGCAAAGAGGAAGGAAAGGCGGGAGAUGGCAAGAAGGGCAGAAGCGAGGUGGAGCCAAACGUCCUCACGAAGUUCAACCGAGCUGCCGUCAUGCGCGUGAUCCAGCAGGUUGGCUACCUCAUGCGGGAUCAGCACAAGAUCAUGGACUCCGUGAUGGGCCUCCAGGACGACGAGACGACCAAAGCCGGCGAGGGCGUCCGCCAAGGUCGUUUCGUGCUCAUGACGGAUCGCCUCUUCGACAUGGCUGACCGUGCCCCACACGACCACUGUUCUUUUGUGCUGGCGGUUGUCAUGUUCCACAUGAUCAUUAGGGCGCUGGCGCUUCGGCUGCUCUACCAUCGGGCAGCCAUCAGCCUGCAGAAGAGGUACCGAUACCUCAAAAAGAAGAAGAAGUCCCUCAAUGCCGUGGCACCUGCCAUCUGCAUUCAGCGCUUCUGGCGUGGCCUCCGUACCGGGCUACAAAUUGCAAGAAUGGAGAUGGCAGUGGAGAAGAUCCAGCACACCUACCGUGCUAAGCGGUGGAACCAACGAGCGGCAAAGUUCCUCGAGGCCACGCUGAGGAUGCAGCGAGUGUGGCAAGGAGCGAUAAACCGUUUGUGGAUCAGAAGGCUUCAUGCGGCUGCCAUUGACAUUCAGCGAUAUGCACGUGGCCUCAUAGUGCGGGUGGCUCUCGACAGAUUUGGCCGGGAGCUGCUGAAAAAGAGCCAGGCGGAGAUCAACGCACUGAGCCGACGGAAGGGUGAGAUUAGCGAAAGCGAGUAUUGGGCCCGAGCUGCCUCCUUAGUCGGCAAGUGUCGCAUCAACCUCAGCAAACACCGCGAUCGAAACGUCGACCUCCGCAGGAAUGCUGCGUCGACGCUGAAGUCCAAACAGGCCCGCAUGUUGGACAAGCAGAAGAAAAUCAAGAUGAAGGGCUCCCUGCAGCCCAUCCGAUAUUCCAUCUUUGAGAACUUCUGCGCUGUGGCACGGCGGUCGCAGGUCCAAGCAAUGCCCGGCCGGUUCGGUGCAGCUCGCUCCGAGGUGUUAGAAGAGGUUCGCAAGUGCCACCAGCGCCUGAACCGAACGAUGAAUGCCGACAGCUACGCUGCAGACCCGAAGAUGAAGACUUCGGUGCAUGCAGCUGCGAAACGUGGGCAAGCAGCCAUGUUAGUUCAGCGCAAUUCGAAGAAUUACGAAGCCGUGGCGAACAAGCAGACGCUUCUGCGGGACGACGAGCUGGAGUUGUGGAUGAGACAGCAGUUUCAGGUGGUCAGCUGA